AAAAAAACGCACAGAAGAAACUAGAAGAGAGAUUGAUGAUUAAGAGAAGGGAGGUGUUUCUUUACUAAUUUAGAUGCAUGAGGUUAGCUUCCCGUUGGAUCUUUCUAUCUUCACUCGCCUGAUACCGACUCUAUUCUUCCUCGCCGUCGGUGUCUUUUACUUCCUCAAAAACACCGCCGCUAAGUACUUCGAUAUCGGCGGUGCCGCCGCCGGCGGUUUCGACAGGGAAACCGUUGCUGCCGGUGCAGAGGAUUGCUCUGUCUGUGGGAACUUCUGCACCACGAAAUGCUCUCGCUGCAAAUCUGAUCGAUACUGCUCAGCAGAGUGUCAGGCAUCAGAUUGGAGUUCAGGUCAUCAAAGGAAGUGCAGGGACAUUGGGAUUACUACCUUAACACCAUCUUCCAGAAAUGGCCUGAGGUUCAGAGCUUCAACGUUCGGGGAUCACAACAAGAUCAGCGUCAAACCAGGAGAAGUUCUUUUCCCAUAUGAAGAGUUUGUUAGAUAUUUUAACUGGGAGAAUGAAGAAUUGGCUCCAUGUGGGCUCAUGAACUGUGGAAACAGUUGUUUUGCGAAUGUGAUUCUACAAUGCCUGUCCUGGACACGUCCUCUUGUUGCAUACCUACUAGAGAGAGGCCACAGGAGUGAAUGUAUGCGUGAUGACUGGUGCUUCUUCUGUGAAUUUGAAACUCAUGUUGAGAGAGCAAGCCAAAGCCAGCUCCCUUUUUCACCGGUGAACAUCAUCUCACGGUUAACUAAUAUUGGUGGUACCCUUGGGUAUGGGAGACAAGAGGAUGCUCAUGAGUUCAUGAGGUAUGCAAUCGAUACGAUGCAGUCUGCUUGUCUAGACGAAUACGGUGGAGAAAAAAUGGUGCCUCCUCGCUCUCAAGAAACAACACUUGUUCAGUAUAUAUUUGGCGGUCUCCUCCAAUCACAGGUUCAGUGUACUGUUUGCAAUAAUGUCUCUGAGCAAUACGAGAAUAUGAUGGAUUUAACGGUUGAGAUUCAUGGAGAUGCUGUGUCUCUUGAAGAAUGUCUUGAUCAGUUUACAGCCAAAGAGUGGCUUCAGGGUGAUAACAUGUAUAAAUGUGAUAGGUGUAGUGACUAUGUAAAGGCAUGUAAGCGUCUUACAAUCCGGCGCCCUCCAAAUAUUCUUACUAUUGCCUUAAAAAGAUUUAAGGGAGGAAGAUAUGGAAAACUGAACAAAAGAAUUAGUUUUCCUGAAACAUUGGAUCUUACACCUUACAUGAGCCAAGGCGGAGAAGGAUCAGAUGUGUACACACUCUAUGCAGUGAUUGUCCAUCUAGACAUGUUGAAUGCAUCUUUCUUCGGCCAUUACAUAUGCUACAUUAAGGACUUUAGCGGAAACUGGUAUAGAAUAGAUGAUUCCGAGAUAGAAAGUGUGGAACUGGAAGAUGUUCUUUCUCAAAGAGCUUAUAUGCUUCUCUACAGCAGGAUUCAAGCCCGGUCAUCAGCAUCAUGUGCGAGUCUCAGGUCAGAAGUUCAAGAGGAGAAGGAAACAGACACAUUGGUCACAAAAUCUUGCCAACAAGAGUUAGUUGAGAGUUCAAUGGUGGAAGCUAUUGACACCAGUAGCAACGGCCAUGCCACCAUUGAAGACCUUGAAGGCGAACAAGAAUCAUCAUCAUCAUCAUUGUCGUCGUCAUCAUCAACUUCAUCAUCUUCGUCACCAUCUAUAGUGACCUCUGAAUGUUAUGCAGAGGAUGAAAGGGCUGAUACAUCGGAUUUUGAUUCAAACCCUUGGAUUGAUGAUGACUUUGCAACAGAUCAUCAAGAGGCUGUAACAAAUGGGAAGAUGGAUCGAGAGGUAAAAAACAAGGCUGUCGAUUCUCGUUCAGACGCUACAACUUCAGUUCCAUCGGUUUGUUCAAAACCCCAACAUCCGGUGAGAGAUACAGACACUAAGAUGAUCGAUGCUCAAUAAUGUGGAAUGUUACAUCAUUUUGGAAUCAACAGAGCUUCUAGUUUAAGUAGUAAUGCAGAUAACAAUAAUACCACUCAAUGACUUAUGGUGCAAAAGGUUGAUUAUAAUAUAUAUAGAGAGAGUUUUUAAUGUUCUUACUGCUGAGUUUCCAAAUUGUUUACCAUACAAGACACAUAAUCAUCAAGUAAAUAAAUAUUUUGCUUGCCUAAACACUAAACAGAGACUUCUGACUCUUACCUAACUAGUUCAUAACUAA